AUCUUCUUGUUCGCACUAUUUAUUUUUCUCCCUUUUUCAUUUUUCGAAUUCAGACAACAACAAUUCAAUUCCACUCUGUUUUUUCCUUCACAAAAUAAAAAAAUCUACUCUGUUUUUCUCUUUCUAGAAACACUCUUUCUCAUAAUUGAAUUCAAUCAUUCAGAUACUGAUUUGAUUUUCAAUUGAAGAAGAAGAAGAAGAUGCCGUUGUGUGAUGUGAGUAGAGGAAUCCAGAAUGGGAUUAAGAUUUUUUACAGAACUUAUGGACAUGGUCCUAACAAAGUCCUUCUCAUCAUUGGGUUAGCAGGAACGCAUGAUUCAUGGGGGCCUCAAAUUAAGGGUCUUACAGGGACGGAUAUACCAAAUGAUGAGAAGAAGAACAUCUUCAGAAACGAUUCAUUUGUGUUAGAAUCUGGCGGCGAUGAUUUCAAUGGAGAAGAUGGGAAUGGGAUUGAGGUUUGUGCAUUUGAUAAUCGGGGAAUGGGUCAGAGUUCUAUACCUACCAAGAAAUCUGAGUACACGACAACGAAUAUGGCGAAAGAUGCAUUGGCGUUAAUGGAUCAUUUGGGUUGGCGAAAAGCUCAUGUCUUUGGUCAUUCCAUGGGGUCUAUGAUAGCGUGCAAACUGGCUGCGAUGGUGCCUGAACGGAUACUGUCGUUGGCAUUGCUAAACGCCACUGGUGGUGGUUUUGAAUGUUUCCCAAAGAUUGACAGUCAAAUGCUAUCCAUUGCAUUACGUUUUCUGAAAGCAAAGACUCCUGAGCAAAGGGCAGCCGUUGACUUGGACACUCACUACACAAAGGAAUACCUUGCUGAAUUAGUUGGACUCAAAACAAGAAGAGAAAUUCUAUAUCAGGAAUAUGUGAAAGGUAUAUCAUCAUCUGGGAUGCAGUCUAACUACGGUUUUGAAGGUCAACUAAAUGCCUGUUGGACACACCGGGUGACAUCAAGAGAUAUUGAAGCAAUAAAAUCUGCUGGAUUUCUUAUUUCAGUAAUUCAUGGCAGGUAUGACAUAAUUGCUCAAAUUUAUCAUGGAAGGAAACUUGCAGAGAAAAUGCAGCCUUAUGCACGAAUGAUUGAUCUACAUGGAGGGCAUCUAGUGAGCCAUGAAAGACCUAAAGAGGUCAACCAAGCUCUCACUGAAUUGAUACAAGCGUCAGAUAUGAAGUUGAGUCCCCAUGAUUGGUCAAAUUUGCCAAAGAAAGGCGGGUCGGAAUUGAUGGGCAUGAAGAUUAUGCUAAGCAGAAGAAGAGCCGAGUGUGGAAACUUAAUAUCAUUCUUGUAUGAAAUGCUAGCAAAGCUAAAUUUCAUCUUUUUAUACUUAAUAGGUCUAUUUAUCAUGGCGUUUGAACAAGGACGAAGAAUAUUUAAAAAUCUAAGACCUGCUAGAGUUGGAGCUAUCUCUUCAUAAGGCUUAUUUUGAACUUACGGCCUCAAAAGGGGUAGCACUUGCUGUCAUCAUGUAUUACGUUUCAUAUUCGAAUGUAACCACAUGAGAAGCCCUAACGACUUGGCUAAAACAAUGCAUAAAGGAGUCAGUUAUUGACCCCGUAUAUAGAGAUAUUCAAACACAACAGAAGACGAGCAGAGGUUCAAGACGGCAACCUAAUCCAUUACUAACUACAGUCGAGGAUGGAAAGGUCUGCCAGCCAAGAGUUUAUUUAGCUUUUCGGUCUGUUUUUUGCUUGUAAUCGGGUGCAAGUUUUUCGUAUACCCCAUUUGUGAACUUCUGUAUAUGUUGUAUAACUGUCUCUACUGUCAUCUCCCUGCCUUGGAAAUAAGAAGCAUCACAAAUUUACCUUCU